GCAGUCGUCAGCUAUCCGCCUGCCACCCGCACCGACCGCCGCCAUGUCCACCCCUCUCGUCGCCCCGGCCAAGCCCAAGAACGCCCGCUCCAAGCGCGCCGCCGACGCUCGCGCGCCGCAGCUCGUCGAGAAGGAGGCCAAGACGGCCAUCAUUGCGCGCACGACCGGCAUCUCGGAGAAGGUCAAGGUCGCCCUCAGCGAGCUUAACCAGCUCAAGAAGCCCAACGCGAUCGCCUUCUCCAAGGCCAACGAGGUCCGCCCGUUCGAGGACCCGGCCUCGCUCAACUUCUGGUCGUCCAAGAACGACGCGUCGCUGUUCCUCAUCGGCACCCACACCAAGAAGCGCCCGCACGGCCUCGUCUGGGCCCGCUGCUUCGCCGGCGAGGUCAUGGAGAUGCUCGAGGUCGGCAUCGAGGAGGUCAUGGCCAUGAGCAACUUCAAGGGCAUCAAGUCGACCGCCGGCUCGGUCCCGCUGUUCCACUUUACCGCCGCCGAGCCGCACGCCAACCUGUGGGACUCGCACCCGACGUUCCAGCAGUUCAAGUCGAUCCUGCUCGACUUCUUCCGCGGCAACGAGCUCGACGGCGUGUCGCUCAAGGGCCUCGAGCGCGUCAUCUCGGUCACGAUCGGCGACCGCCCCGAGGACGACAGCGCCGCGAGCGUCGAGGGUGCCCUGUCGGGCGCGAGCGGCAAGAACGGCAAGGGCAAGGCGGUCGAGUCGCUCAUCGGCUCGUUCAACCCGGCGGCGGCGACGCAGAACUACGACGAGGACAAGACGCACCCGCUCGUCCACUUCCGUACCUACACGGUCCACUUUAUGCGCAGCGGCCUGCCCCAGCCCCGGGUCGAGCUCGCGCCGCACGGCCCGCACUUUUCCUUCUCGAUGCGCCGCACUCAGGCGCCGACGGCCGAGGUGUGGAAGCAGGCCAUGAAGAAGAAGGAGAAGAAGAGCUCGAACGGCCCCAAGAAGAGCAAGAACCUCGACAUCGACGAGAUGGGCAACAAGAUUGGGCACAUCCACGUCGGGCGGCAGGACCUCGACAAGCUCCAGGUUCGCAAGUUCAAGGGCCUCAAGGGCAACAAGCGGCGCGCGUCGGACGCGGGCGAGUCGGGCGCCGCGAGCGAGGGCGAGGGCGAGGCCGAGAGUGCGGCGCAGGAGAGCAAGCGGGCGAGGAAGGACGAGUAGACGGGCGGCGGUCGACGAGGAGGGCGAGACGGCUUGUUGUACAAACACUUUUCGAGCGAC